GAAGAAUCGAGAGAAAGAGAAGAGAGGAAACAGAGAGAGAGAGAGAGAGAACAAGAAAGAGAGCUAGAGAACGAUAGAGAGGCAAGAACGAGGCAGAGAGCGAGAUGGAGAGUAAUUGUGCGGGGGAGAACUUGGCUGGAAAUUCACGGAGGGGGACUAAGGACUCGGCUUGGAGAAGAGGGAGAUGGACGUUGGUUGUUAGUUGGAUUGAGGAUGAACGGGUCUUUAGGCUAUACCCAUCAUUGAUAGCAGCUGAGGACAUCGAUUGUGUACUCUGAAGGUCAAGUUUGGUGAAUCAUUUUUGGUAUUAGAUAAGCUUCUAGCUGCGCGGAAGAAACACUUUUUGAUAUCGGGGAUCAGCUCGGAGAAUUAGGUAGGGACCUUAGUUAUUUGAUAGAUAUCUUUUUGGUAUAGAAUGGAUUUGAAAAUGUUACCACCUGAAAUUUUGUUUAGUUGUAUUACUGAUAUGGGUGCGAAAAAGAAAAUUUCUCUCUUUUGGAAUGUAUAUACAUAUUAGAGCUUACCAGGUUGGUUUUAUAUUUUUGGGAAUUUUAUGGAAAGCCAGUUUUAGGUGAAUAUUUAUGUGGUAAUGGAUAUCGAGGAAAGAUAGGGAAAAUCCAGUUGAAAUUUCUGGUCGUGACAGAGUUAGAGUGGGGAAACCAAAAGGGGAUUUUAAGCCCCCUGUUCAUUUCCUGAAAAUGAGGAAAACACUCGAAGGACAGAAAGUUAAUGUUAUUGCAGACAUCUCCAGAGCAUUAGUAUUGUCAGGAUCUGAUUCUGCCAUAUUUGGACCCAAGCAUCUGGACCAUGAGUUGCUACAUAAGUUUGGGUGAGGUUCGUUUAAGCGGAUGAACAAGCUAGGGGAGAAGGCUGACGUCUUUGCGCACAGUAUCCGCGAGCAUGUGGGAUUGAGCCCAAAGUUUUCGGAAACAGUAAAGGGAAAGCUUAGCUUGGGAGCCCGAAUCCUGCAAUUGGGGGGAGCAGAGAAAGUGUUCAAGACUCUGUUCAAUGUCUGCGAAAAGAGACUCCUAAAGGCUUUGCAUUGCUACUUAUCGACCGCAGCAGGUCCCGUAGCAGGCCUCAUCUUCAUCUCUACCCGAAAUAUUGGGUUCUGCAGUGAGAGAUCCUUAAAACUGUCUGGCUCCAAUGGUGAAUCCAUUAGAGUCCAUUACGAGUUAUUGAUCCCACUUUCGAAAAUAAAGACAGAAAACCAGAGAGAAAAUGCUGAGAGACCGUUGAAGUACAUGCAGAUAGUUACUGCGGAUAACUUCGAGUUCUGGUUCAUAGGAUUUUUGAAUUAUCAGAAAACCAGGAAACAUUUUCAGCAGGCAAUUUUUCUAAAGCAGAGAUGCUAUAAAUGAUAGCAUUCUUGAAUCCAGGAGAAUCCUUUUCCCUUGGUUUCCCUUCUUUUUUGAUGUAACUGCAGAAAAUGCCAAAUAUCAUAUGUAAUUAGUUGACAAACUGUAAAGAGGUAAAUGUAGAGAACGCCGACAGCUAUUUCUAGUUUCUUAGUUCAAUACGAUGAAAUCCGGCAGUUGCAGAUCCAAUCUAAUGAGAUCAUUUGCACUGUCUUAUUUUAAAGUUGGAAUUACUGGUUUGUCAUAGAACUGAUGUUACAUUCCUUUUGAAUGAGCCCCGUUUUUCUCUAUAAAGUAUGAAUAGAUGGGGUUUGCUCACUUUUUCUUAUGACUGGCCCCCGAGACUGGCUCUGACAGAUAAAAGGAUUUCAAGAACCGGAAUAAAACCUCUCCAUGAAUGAUGGAAUAUGCAAGUGCUAUUAGGGAUGCACCUGUAAACAGAAGAAGCGUUUCAAUGUUUUUCGUUGGAGAUGGAUCAGUGCCGUGGAUUAUGUUGCAGGAAACAGACUUGUUGCAUGUGUUUCAUUUAUUUUUGUUCAGUUGUUUGGUUCCUGUUUUAUAGGGAUGUGGGACGUGUAUUAGGCAGUUUUCUUAUGUUGUAAUGACAGUUACAUGUUGCCUUUAUGUCUCAGUUUUCCUGUACUUUAGUCUGCAGACCUUUGCAGUUAUGUCAAUGAAGCUUGUGUGUGUUGUUCUCUCA